CGGCACUGUGAAGACGGCCCGAAGCUUCGCGGCUAACGCGCUCAAGAACCGACGAAAUGUGUCAAUUCUGCCUCCCUUUGUUGUCUUGGAGCUAGCAUAGCAUUGAACUUGUUUGAUUGGUAGUGGGGCGACAGGCAGUCGUAGGGCGAACUGAUUUGAGUGAAACUGUACCUGCGGGGUUUCUUCCCCCCCACAAUCGCGAUGCAAGUCAUCACAAGUGAGGAGUGGAGGUUGUCACAUGUGAGCCAUUUUAGCAUAACAUGGACUCACUUGCACUAGCCAUCGCCGGUCUUCACGUCAGCCUGCUUGAUGAUAUUCCCCGCUUGUUACCAGCGUCACUUAAUAUUGUUUACCAAAGAAAUGGUGAUGGAGAAGCCAAGUCCCCUGCUUGUAGGGCGGGAGUUUGUGAGGCAGUAUUAUACUCUCUUAAACAAGGCACCAGAUUUCCUGCACAGGUUUUAUGGGAGGAACUCUUCCUAUGUUCACGGAGGACUUGACCCAAGUGGAAAGCUGGCAGAAGCAGUGUACGGGCAAGCGGAAAUCCACAAGAAGGUCAUGUCCCUGCAGUUUAGUGAAUGCCACACAAAAAUCAGGCAUGUGGAUGCCCAUGCCACACUGAGUGAUGGAGUGGUGGUGCAAGUCCUCGGAGAACUGUCCAACAAUGGUCAACCCAUGAGGAAGUUUAUGCAAACUUUUGUACUUGCUCCAGAGGGUUCAGUGGCAAACAAGUUCUAUGUCCACAAUGACAUCUUCCGCUAUGAGGAUGAAGUUUUCGGAGACUCUGAAGCUGAGCUUGAUGAGGAAUCAGAGGAGGAAGUUGAGGAGGAGCCAGAGGAGAGGCAGCCUUCCCCUGAGCCACUUCAGGAAAGCCCCAACAGCACCACCUAUUACGAACCUCACCCUGUCACUAAUGGAGUAGAGGAACCCAUGGAGGAGCCAGCUCCAGAACCAGAGCCGGAGCCUGAACCAGAGCCCAAAGUUGAAGACAUCAAGCCUGAAGUGGAUGAGAAGGUUCUGGACGAGAUGGAGGAGAAAGCACCUUCACCGGUUCCUGUGGAGUCCCCACCAAAUACCCAGGAGCCUCCCAAGACCUUCUCCUGGGCCUUGGUGACCAGUAAAAACCUGCCUCCUACCGGCACAGUCGCCUCCUCUGGAAUCUCACCCCACGUUGUUAAAGGGCCAAGCUCACAGCCCAGAGUUGAAGCCAAGCCGGAGACACAGACAGCACCUCUUCGGCCCAGAGACCAGCGCACGCGUGACAGACCGGCCUUCACUCAGCGUGGUCCGAGACCUGAUGGCGUUGCAUCGGAGUCACAAACAGGAAAACCUCACUUGAGUUUUGUCAACAAAGGUGGCCGGGGAGAAGGUGAAUCUGGAGAGAUGGACACCAGGCGGAUUGUACGCUACCCAGACAGCCACCAGCUUUUUGUUGGCAACCUCCCACAUGACAUUGACGAGAGCGAGCUCAAAGAGUUUUUCAUGACAUAUGGAAAUGUGGUGGAGCUGCGGAUCAACACCAAGGGCGUUGGUGGGAAGCUGCCCAACUUUGGAUUUGUGGUCUUUGACGAUUCUGAUCCUGUGCAAAGAAUCCUGGGGGCUAAGGUAGAAGGGCCCAUCAUGUUUCGAGGCGAGGUGCGUCUGAAUGUGGAGGAGAAGAAGACAAGGGCGGUUCGCGAACGAGAGACCCGCGGCGGAGGAGACGAUCGUCGGGACAUGAGGCGCAACGAUCGGGGCCCUGGAGGUUCACGAAGCAUCGUGGGCAGUGGAAUGAUGCGUGAGCGUGAUGGGAGGGGACCCCCACCCCGAGGCGGCAUGGCCCCCAAACCUGGCAUGGGCUCUGGAAGAGGCUCUGGAGGGCCUGGAGAGGGUCGCUUCACGACCCAGCGCCGCUGAAGAGAACACCACCUGCCGUGUGGAAGAAGUACCAUGUUGUUCAUCUUCAACAGUUCUCGUUAACGAAAAGAAAUCGUCAUGUAUAAACAUAUAUAUUUGUUUUUGUUUAUUUUUUUAUUUUUGUUCCCUCUUUGCUUUGGAAUGUGACAGCCUGUCAACCAUUUGUUUGUGAAAUAGACAAAACAAGAUAAGCAAACAAAAAAAUUUCGCUUAUUAGUUGUGAGCUGAGCAUCCUCUUCAGGUAUCUCAAGAAUUCACAAACUUUAAUUUGUAAAUUUGUGAAAAUAGGCAAACCGACCAGGAGUAAUCUGCCACAUUAGGAGGGACUGAUGAGACUUUUUAACUACGAUAAUACAGCCCAUCAUUUGGAAAAGAGAUUAUAUGCCUUGACUUAACUGGGGCGCUGCUUCACGAAAUCCCUCUAUUGCACAUUUUAUAUGGUAGUUUUCUGCCCGUUACUGUUGGAAAGGGGUGAGUUGCAAAAUUUGUGCAGUUCCAGGGGAAAAGCUUGCCUUUUACUUUUUUCCUUUUGAGAGACCACUGCUUCAAAAUUGCAUAAUGCACUCAUCAAUAUGCACUAAUGGGUACUUUUGUCACGUUACAUUGACAUCCACGCUCGGAACGCAGCUGGAGAGACCUCUUUUGUCUCGAAGCGAUACGACUUACCGGGGCAGGCCUCGCUCGCAGCCCGUCUGCUGUGACCAAUGUACUUUUCACACUUUUGACCCAAAACUACGCUUCAAUUACUGCUGGAUGGACAAGAUGACAAAAAUCUGCAUUAUAUUUUUCCUUGUUUAUAAAUCGAAUUUGAAAGAACAAAAUGCUCCAAUCCUGGACUUUCACCAAAUGAGUGGGGACAAAGGAUAAACCAGAAACAAAGUUGAACAAUAGAAGAGUGGUGAUGAUGAUGAUGGUGAUGGCGGCUCGCUCUGUUUUUCUUUGGAUUCCAUGUUUGUUUUUCUUCAUGUUUUUCCCUGCCAUCUAGACCGUGAAACGGGGAUGGACGGCACCUCCCUCCCUCUUCCCUCCCUUCUUGUUUUGAGUGCGGAUAACAGAAUAAAUGUGCAGCAAAUAUAGUUUACUAUA